UUUUUUCUCACCCUUUCAAUUCGAUUGAGUCUGGAUUUUUUUUACACUGCCAGUAACGAAGAGUUCACUGCAACUGGGUUUUUUGUUCUGCCGCAAUUUCCAAUUUCCUUGACGUCCUAAUUAUUUAGAUAAAUAAAAGUCAGAAGUUGUUUCAGGGCUGGAACUCAACAUUGAAAAGUAACCCGAGCUCUUCGCUACUUUGUAGUCGGAAGACGAUCCUAGCCCAGCGGAGCCAUGGGGAACCGGGGCAUGGAGGAUUUGAUUCCCCUCGUCAAUAAACUGCAGGACGCCUUCAGCUCCAUCGGACAAAGCUGCAAUUUGGACCUGCCGCAGAUUGCAGUGGUCGGCGGACAAAGCGCUGGAAAAAGCUCUGUUCUGGAAAAUUUCGUCGGCAGGGACUUCCUUCCCCGAGGGUCAGGCAUCGUCACACGAAGGCCGCUCAUCCUUCAGCUGGUCAACAAUAAAGCAGAAUAUGCUGAGUUCCUGCAUUGUAAGGGGCGGAAGUUCGUGGAUUUUGAUGAGGUGCGGGCGGAAAUCGAGGCGGAGACGGACAGAAUCACUGGAAGCAAUAAGGGCAUCUCCCCCAUCCCCAUCAACCUGAGAGUGUACUCCCCAAAUGUGCUGAACCUGACCCUGAUCGACCUGCCGGGGAUGACGAAGGUGGCGGUGGGGGACCAGCCUGUGGACAUCGAGCACCAGAUCAGAGACAUGCUGCUGCAGUUCAUCACCAAGGAGAGCUGCCUCAUCCUGGCCGUCACGCCCGCCAACACCGACCUGGCCAACUCCGACGCCCUCAAGAUCGCCAAGGAGGUGGACCCCCAGGGGCUGCGAACCAUCGGCGUGAUCACCAAGCUGGACCUGAUGGACGAGGGGACGGACGCCAAGGACAUCCUGGAGAACAAGCUGCUGCCGCUGCGGAGAGGUUACAUUGGGGUGGUGAACCGCAGUCAGAAGGACAUUGACGGGAAGAAGGACAUCCGCAUGGCGCUGGCUGCGGAGAGGAAGUUCUUCCUGUCGCACCCCGGAUACAGACACCUGGCCGAGCGCAUGGGCACCCCUCACCUGCAGAAGACCCUCAACCAGCAACUGACCAACCACAUCCGGGACACGUUGCCGGGACUACGCAGUAAGCUGCAGAGCCAGCUGCUGUCUCUGGAGAAGGAGGUGGAGGAGUACAAGAACUUCCGCCCCGACGACCCCACACGCAAGACCAAGGCCCUUCUACAGAUGGUGCAGCAGUUCGGGGUUGACUUUGAGAAGCGAAUCGAAGGUUCGGGAGAUCAGGUGGACACCGUGGAGCUGUCGGGCGGAGCCAGGAUCAACCGCAUCUUCCAUGAGCGCUUCCCCUUCGAGCUGGUCAAGAUUGUGUUCGAUGAGAAGGAGCUGAGGCGUGAGAUCAGCCAUGCCAUCAAGAACGUUCACGGAGUGAGAACGGGGCUGUUCACUCCAGACCUGGCGUUUGAGGCCAUAGUGAAAAAGCAGGUCAUUAAGCUGAAAGAGCCGUGUCUCAAAUGCAUCGAUCUGGUCAUUCAGGAGCUCAUCAACACCGUCAGGCAGUGCACCAACAAGCUGGGCUCCUACCCCAGACUGAGAGAGGAGACUGAGAGGAUUGUCACCACCUACGUCCGAGAGAGAGAGGGCAAGACCAAGGACCAGGUUCUGCUGCUGAUUGACAUUGAGCUGUCCUACAUCAACACCAACCACGAGGAUUUCAUUGGCUUCGCCAAUGCACAACAGAGAAACACGCAUGUCAACAAGAAGAGGGCCAUCCCCAAUCAGCGCGGCUUCCUGAGGGACGGGGAAGAGGAGCAGGUGAUCCGUAAAGGCUGGUUGACCAUAAACAUCAGCAUAAUGAAGGGGGGGUCCAAGGAGUACUGGUUUGUCCUGACUGCCGAGUCCCUGUCCUGGUACAAGGACGAGGAGGAGAAGGAGAAGAAGUACAUGUUGCCGCUGGAUAACCUGAAGCUGAGAGAUGUGGAGAAGGGCUUCAUGUCCACUAAGCACAUCUUUGGCAUCUUCAACACUGAGCAGAGGAACGUGUAUAAGGACCUGCGUCAGGUGGAGCUGGCCUGUGACUCUCAGGAGGACGUGGACAGUUGGAAAGCCUCCUUCCUCAGAGCGGGAGUGUACCCUGAGAAGGACCAGGUGGAGAACGAGGAGGCGGGCCCAGUGGACACCUUCUCCAUGGAUCCCCAGCUGGAGCGGCAGGUGGAGACCAUCCGCAACCUGGUGGACUCCUACAUCGGCAUCGUCAACAAGACCAUCCGCGACCUCAUGCCCAAGACCAUCAUGCACCUGAUGAUCAACAGCGCGAAGGACUUCAUCCACUCGGAGCUGCUGGCGUACCUGUACUCGUCGGCCGAUCAGAACUCGCUGAUGGAGGAGUCGGCCGACCAGGCGCAGCGCCGGGACGAGAUGCUGCGCAUGUACCACGCCCUGAAGGAGGCGCUCAACAUCAUCGGCGACAUCAGCACCACCACCGUGUCCAUUCCCGUGCCGCCGCCCGUCAACGACAGCUGGAUGCCGAGCGAGCCCAGCCCCACCCCACAGCGUAGACCGGCCUCGGCCGCCCCCCCUCCCAGUCGCCCCCCAGCAGUGAGGGGUCCUACGCCGGGACCGCCCCUGAACCCCAGCCCUGCGUUCGGAGCCCCGCCCAUCCCCUCCCGCCCGGGGCCACCCGCCAACGCUUUCAGCAACGCCCAGGACCCCUUCAGCGCCCCUCCACAGAUCCCCUCCCGCCCCGCCCGCAUCCCCCCCGGAGUGCCCAGCAGAAGACCCCCCGGCGCGCCCCAUCGCCCCACCAUAAUCCGCCCAGCCGAGCCCUCCUUACUAGACUAGGCCCGGGCCGGACCCACGCUUAGCACCGGGGGGGGGAUAGAGCACUGAGAGAGGGCCAGUAGGGCGAGAGAGGAACUCA